AUGGAAGAUAAGGAAAUAAAUAAUGAAAAUAGUAAAAAAACUAACAAAGAAGAAGAAAACAUAAAAAAAGAAGACGAACAAACAAAAAAAAAUCCUGAAUGUACUGAAGAAAACGAUAUUCAAAUAGCAAAUAAUGUUUCAUUAGGAAAACAUUUAUUAAUCGGAAACUCUUUAAAAAAAGGUAUAAGUGUUAGUGUUAGAGGAAGAACUGUUAAUAUAGGAUUGAAUUCAAAACAAGCUGGAUCUGCAUGGAAAAAAAAAGAUGAAAAGAAUAAUGAUGAUCAAUCAGAAGAAAAAGAAAAAAAAAUAGAUGAUGAAUCAUUUCCUGACUUAUUGGAAUCUACUGAAAAAAUAAAAUCAGAAUUAACAAAAGAUAAAGAUAAAAAAAAAAAACAAAUAAAAGAUAUAAAAAAAACUGAAGAAAAUUCUAUAAAUACAGGAAUAGAAAAAAUAAAGGGGAAUGGAUCAAACGAAAAAAAGAAAUUUCAUAUGAAUAUGUAUGAUGCAUCAAAAAAAAAUGAAAAUAAUACAAAAAAAUGGUACGAUCAAACAAAUGAUUUUAAUGGAAUAAAUAAUAAUAAUUCUAAUGAUAAAAACCAAAAUAAAACGGAGAAUGAAGUAAAUAAUGGAUAUAUUAUUCCAGGUUUUAAAGGAAAACAUAUGAUUGGUUUUAAAUGUUUCUUAAAAAGGGGAACUCAAAAUCCAGCACCAUUACCCCCAACUAUAUCAUAUGAAGAAAGUUUUUUUUUUGAAAAUAUUGAAAACAAAAAUGGUAUACAAAAGAAAUAUAUGAAUCCAAAUAUAAAAAUGAAUCAGCAAAUGAAUCCUAUCAAUAAUAUGAAUAUGCAAAUGAAUCCUAUGAAUACACAAAGAAAUAACAUUAAUAAUAUGAAUGCUGUGAUGAAUAAUCAAGAAAAUAUUUAUGAAAGAAAUGAACAAAUUAAUAAUAGAUUCAUGCAAAUUCCUCAACAUAAUCCUAUGAAUAAUCAGAAUAAAUUUAAUGACAACAAUAUUAAUAUUUAUAAGACAAACAACUAUAACAGAAAUUUAAAAAAUUUUAUGCACAAUAAUACUGAAGAUGUUACAAAUAUAAAACAAAUGACUAACAAUGCGGGAAUGCAAGGAAAUAUGAAUUAUAUUAAGAGAAAUGAUAAAAAAGAAGAUAGAAAUUUAAAAAAAAAGGAUGUUGACUCAGAAAUUAAUUGGAGAAAUACUGGUAGUAGUAAUAAAAAUAUAGGAGAGGAUAAACUAAAUAGUAAUGUAAAUAAUAACAAUGUGAAUAAUGUUUCUCAAAAUGCAAAUCCUAAUAAUAAUAUGAAUACGAAUUUAAGAAAUUAUAGUAUGAAUAAUAAUAUGAAUAUGAAUAAUAAUAGCUCAAAUACCAAUUUUAACAACAUGGGUAAUAUGAAGAAUAAUAAUUAUGUAAAUAAUAAAGUGUUAAAUAUGAAUUUUCAACCACCACUACCUCAUAUAACUCAAAAUAAUAAAAAUAUGUAUAAUAAAAAUGAAGAACAAAAAAAUAAUAACAUGUAUAAAAUGAACAUGAUGAAUAAUAACAAUAAUAAUAAUAACAAUAAUAACAACUUAAAUAAAAAUGAAGAAAAAAACAAUAAAAUGUAUAAAAACAAUUUAAUGAACCCCAACUCAAAUGGGAUAGCAAAUGAUAUAUAUAAACCCCCAAAUAAUUAUAACAAUAAUAAUAAUAAUAAUAAUCAAAAAUAUGAUUACAAACAUGUUUAUAAUAAUAAUUUUAAUAUGAAUAAUAAAAAUUUGAAUUCAGUUGAUAUAAGGAGAACACGUAUGAGAGAAUUAAGAAAUAUGAAUGAGCAAAAUAAAGUUAAUGAAGGAUAA